UACAACUGUUGCAGCACAUUCAGACGGUUCCUGACCUAGGCCUGAAGGCCUGAUAAAUGAUUGCGAUCAAUCGUUGCAUAGCUUCGUUCUAAAAUUGUAUUUUCGGAAGAUACGUGAGCUCGGUCCUUUGCUUUAAAAGGCAUGUCUGAUGAAGGACCAGCGCCAAGAUUGCAUUGUUUGGACGGAUUGGAUGCUUCUAAAGAUAUAUGAACAAUUCACAACGGUUGUCUGUCUAAAGGAACAAGUACGUGCCACUGAUCCACAUUGGAAUGACCUCGUUCGUCACAUCCAGUAUGGUAGCCGUGGUCGUCAGCAUAUCGAGUUGCUCCGUUCCCUCGUACUUACUACAAAUUCUCAAGUCCCAAGGGAUUUCAAGCUACUUGGAACGAGCGAUCACUAUCGAACGUGAUAGAGAUUGCAGUUGGCAUGAAGGUU